GCAACCUUACAAGACAGCUCUCGCUAGCUUUCAGGCCUCCCCCGGAAGCUGCCAGACAUCCUUGCCGGCCAGUUGCCAUGGAAACAGAACGUAGCGCAGCAGCGGCGCUAUUCGCCUUCAUGCAUGAAAUCAUUCGUCCCUAACCACCCGCUGCGACUUUUUUUUUUUUAUUAAUUCUAAGAAGGCCACCGUAAGAGGCAGAGGCGGGAUCAAGCCGGCCCGAGACUGGCGGAAGUGAAAUGUCGCAGGCCAAAACACGCAUGCGCUUGGUGACGUACGGCUGGACUGGUGUUGUCUGUUCUAGGCGGGAGUUCUUCGCGGGGAAGGCGCGCGCUUUUUUCAUUUCUUCGGCGCUGGCUGGCGAGUUGUGGCUAUGAGUCUUUGGGUAGAUAAGUACCGACCGAGCUCGCUCAGCAAACUGGACUAUCACCGGGAGCAGGCGGCGCAGCUUCGUAACCUGGUUCAGUGUGGUGACUUUCCUCAUCUGUUAGUGUAUGGACCCUCAGGCGCUGGAAAAAAGACCAGAAUAAUGUGUUUGCUGAGGGAGUUGUAUGGAGCUGGAGUAGAGAAGCUGAGAAUUGAACAUCAAAAUAUAACUGCGCCAUCAAAAAAGAAAAUUGAAAUUAGUACUAUUGCAAGCAACUAUCAUCUUGAAGUUAACCCAAGUGAUGCAGGAAACAGUGACCGGGUGGUGAUUCAGGAAUUAUUGAAGACAGUAGCACAAUCACAGCAACUUGAGACAAGCACUCAACGAGAUUUUAAAGUGGUGCUGUUGACAGAAGUGGACAAACUUACCAAAGAUGCCCAGCAUGCAUUGCGACGAACCAUGGAGAAGUAUAUGGCCACCUGUAGAUUAAUUCUGUGCUGCAAUUCCACAUCAAAAGUAAUUGCACCUAUCAGAAGCAGGUGCUUGGCAGUGCGUGUGCCUGCCCCCGGCAUUGAUGAUAUCUGCAAUGUAUUGUCCAGUGUUUGUAAGAAGGAGGGUCUGGUUCUUCCUCCAGAACUGGCUCGGAGGAUUGCAGAAAAGUCUGGGAGAAACCUCCGAAAGGCCCUUCUGAUGUGCGAGGCUUGCAGAGUCCAGCAGUGUCCUUUCACUCCUGAUCAAGACAUUUCUGAGACCGAUUGGGAAGUGUAUCUGAGAGAGACAGCAAAUGCCAUUGUUAGUCAGCAGACACCCCAGAGGUUGCUGGAAGUUCGUGGACGACUUUAUGAACUCUUAACCCAUUGCAUUCCUCCAGAAAUUAUAAUAAAGGGGCUUCUGUCUGAACUCCUUAACAACUGUGAUGGACAACUGAAAGGGGAAGUUGCUCAGAUGGCAGCCUUCUAUGAACACCGACUGCAACUGGGCAGCAAAUCCAUUUAUCACCUGGAGGCAUUUGUGGCCAAGUUUAUGGCCCUCUAUAAAAAGUUUAUGGAGGAUGGAUUGGAAGGCAUGAUGUUCUGAUAAUGUUAAUUGCUGAGUGUCACAUGGUUUAGGAUAUUGACAAAUUCAGGUGAUAAUCUGUACGACCACCAGGUCAUGCACAUAUCUUUUUAUUUCCAGUUCCAGUAACUGUUAAUGGCAUAACAAAUCUUUUUUUAUUUAACAAUAAAAUCUUUUUAAAGUGUGAAGUUUAAAAA